AUGACCGCUAGGCUAGCUUCGCAAGAUCCCUGUGAUGGUCUUGUGAGCACCGCACACCCACGUCGCUCAGACGGACAACCGAUACCACUGCGUGUGGCUCCUGAUCGCGCUAGGUCAGGCUGUUCGAGCUCUUGAUUACAGUGCAGCGAGCAGUUUUUGCAAUCGUACACACACUCCGCUCGAAUCGGCGGGUCGAGCAAUCGGUCGGUCAAUCUGUCUAUAAUGUGAUCCUCCGACCUUUGGCCCAGACGUUGGCCCUGCUCUACGUAUGCGACAAAUCGCGCCCCGCAACUCACUUCCGCUCGUUUUGGAGGCUUGUAUUACGCUGCACACUACGUCAACGGUAGAGUCGAUGAGGGGUAAGCGGGAGAAAUCGUUCAAGACUGCCGAUCUUGAUGGCGAGCAAAGGCUUCCUUCCUGCGUCACGCAAGCGGGGUCGAUGAUGCCUCACUUUGCUCGCUCGCCACCCACUCACGCACGACGCCCCUCAGGUCAAGGCAAGCGCCACCAUCAGCGAAAGGCCCAAUUUUGAAAAGGCGCAAUUUGCUGCCAAGCCUUCAUGGCUUCCAAUCAUCAUCAUCACUAACAAUCGGGGCAAGACGAGUGGCGAAUACAAAUCCCAAAUGGACAGUACAAACAUUUGUGGCACCGUCAGUGGAGUUUUGGCCCUGCCACCCUGCUCAAAGGCGUCUUGUCCUCUUCGAAGCAACGAAUCCGUGCUCAGGUCAGCUGGACCAGUUCCUCUACCGAGAAUUGGCAACAGCAAAGUACGGUAGUGAAAGCUUUGCCACCGAGCAUCAGCAUUUCUCUGGCGUUCACAAAGCGGAGAUGGACUCGAUGCAAAAGGUGCCCCAUGCAGACACGGUCAGCGCGCUGCUGUUGCGAGUCUGA